CCCUCCCCCUCUCUGCCCUUCCUCAAUGAACGAAGAAGGCUGCAGAGUCGUCGUCGCCCCUUCUCUUGAGGCAGCUCAGUCUGACUGAGCGCGCGGAGAGAGCUCCGAGAGAUCCCUGGCAAGCGCCCGCCUUUUCCCCCCCUUCUCCUCCUCCUCUUCUAGGAUUCCUGCCUGGGCUUACUCCGCCGCCUGCAGAGCUGCUUAGGGGCGCGCGCGUGUAUUGCUGAGGGAUUCAAUGCCUGCUUACGAGCCUUGCUGAGUUCGCCAUUCAGAAAGGACUAAUCUAGCUGCAUGGGAGGAGAUGAACGUGGCGGGGAAGCCGUCUCCUUCAGCCCAGCUCGAGCGGCCGGACAGCCUCCUCGUCCCCACUUGGACAAAAACUGGUAUUGCAUUAUUAUACGAUGAAACAACCGAAAACACCUAUGAAAUUCGACUGAAGCUUACAAAAGAGGUACUAACAAUUCAAAAACAAGAUGUCAUCUGUGUUAGUGGAAGUGAUCACAGUGCAAAUCACAGAACUGUUAAGCUUCAUAGACAACCAGUUGGUGGCUUGGGCUUAAGUAUAAAGGGUGGUGCUGAGCACAAAGUGCCUGUUGUCAUAUCGAAAAUAUUUAAAGAUCAAGCAGCGGACCAGUCAGGAAUGUUAUUUAUAGGAGAUGCAGUAAUGCAGGUCAAUGGCAUAAAUGUAGAAAGUGCUACCCAUGAAGAAGUGGUGCAUCUACUGCGAAAUGCUGGAGAUGAAGUUACCAUCACCGUUCAGUACCUCAGGGAAGCUCCAUCAUUUCUAAAGCUCCCAUUGGGUUCUCCAGGACCAUCCAGUGAUCACAGCAGUGGUGCUUCCUCCCCUUUGUUUGACAGUGGUUUACAUUUAAAUGGAAACUCCACAAAUACAGCGCCAUCAUCACCUCCUUCACCCAUCGCUAAUGAACCAAAGUAUGAGAAGCGUUGGCUGGACACCUUGUCUGUUCCUUUGUCAAUGGCUCGAAUCUCAAGAUACAAAGCUGGAACAAACAAAUUAAGAUCUAAUGCAUUUGAAGUACUGGCACUUGAUGGAGUUAGCUCUGGGAUACUUCAGUAUUGUACAGCCCAGGAGAGUGCUGACUGGCUGAGAGCGUUAUCAACUAACAUCAGUGAUUUGACUCUACAAAAUAUGAAGAUGGCAAAUAAAUGUUGUUCUCCCUCAGACCAGGUGAUACAUAUGGGGUGGGUGAAUGAGAGGCUUCAAGGAGCAGAUUCCCUGCAGCUCUAUCAAUUCAAGUUUCUGGCGCUGAAGGGUUCAUCAUUCUACAUUUUCAGCACACCUCCGGUAAGCACGUUAGAUUGGGUACGAGCUGAAAAAGUAUAUAACCUCUGUGAGGUUUUAUUUAAAGUUCACAAGCUCUGGCUUAACGAUGAUUGCUGGCUACAAGCAAACCUGUAUUUAGGUAUUAAUCAAGAUUAUGAACUUGAAGACCAGAGACCAUAUUGCUUCAGUGUUGUGGUUGGUCAUGGCAAGAGUCAUUACUUCAAUGUAGAACUGGGAAGUGAGCUGGGAAUAUGGGAAAAAUCAUUUCAAAGAGCAAUUUUUUUGGAAGUUCAGAAAACAGGGUCUAAAACCUAUAUGUGUAGCUGGCAAGGAGAAAGCUUAUGUUUCAUGGUGGACUUUACUUUGGGAUUCACUUGCUUUGACAAUAAAACAAAGAAUGUCCUCUGGAGAUAUAAAUUCUCUCAGCUCAAAGGGUCGUCAGAUGAUGGGAAAACGCGAGUCAAGUUACUUUUUCAGAAUACAGAAACAAGACAAAUUGAAACAAAGGAACUAGAAUUUCAGGAUUUGACAGCAGUUCUAAACUGCAUCCACUCCUUUAUAGCUGCUAAGGUUGCAUCGCUGGAUCCAUUGUUUAUAGACAGCCAGAGCAUUGCAAGGAAAUAUACUUACAGUAAUUAAAAGAAUUCUAUGUUGUGACUAUGACAGAGAAAUUAUUUUCUUAAAGAAAAAAAGCUAUUUCAUGCACAAUAUUGCAAUCCCAUGUGAUUUUAUAAGAGAUCUAUAGUUGUGUUAUCAAUAAAAACUACUAGUUUUCGCAUUUGAUUCAUCAUUGUUAAUCUGAUGAGUUAUGCAUUUAUUCAAACUGAAUCAGUUUGUUGCCUUGCACCUAAAUUAAUAUUUUCACAAUACAUAAAGUGUAUUUUUAUUUGAUGUCUUAUUCUCCAACAAUGCAGGUUGGAAAAUUUAAUAAAAUUAACAGGGAGCCAGAAUUUACUAUUCUAUUAUUAUUUCUAUUAUUAACUUUCACAAACCUUCAGUAACUUACAAAUUAAACAUCUACAGCAAAGUUUAUAGAUUGACAACACAGUUUGGCAUAAAGGUCUCAUGCUGAGCCUUACAAAGACCAUUAAUUGUUUCUAAUUAAUUCAUGUGGUUAUGUGAUUUGGAAUCCAAGAUCCAUUGGGGAGGGGAAUAGACUACUUUCAUGUGUCUACUGGGUGGGGGAAGAGGAGGUUACAAAGAUUUUUAAUAACGUAGAUACUUUAUCUGCAUCAGCAAGAACAAUACCGAUUGUGCUGCAAAUUCUAAAGAUAACAUGACUUUAUUAUUCCACAAAUUAAUGUUGUUUGUAAAGUUUGUAAAGUUUUUUUUAAAAAAACCAAUACUAGGCAUGUAGAAACAAACACUAGUAAAGUGCAGCAUCUGUAUUUCAUUUAGUUUUUCUCCCUCUGCAGGAUUAAGAUAUGUUAAAUAAAUAUUCAUUAUAUCCACAUAAUUCAAUUUAAAAGAAAGCAUUUCAAAGAAAGUUAUACCAGAUUCCUAUACCUUCCUAUCAUCCAUAUUUAUCAUAUGUGCUUCCAAAGGACAUUAUACGUGCUUCCAAAUGACAUUAUAAGAGGAUAUCCAGGAUGUGAUGAAACUUUGACAUCCAGCAAACUUUGUUUCCAUGAAGGACCAGACAGGCCCCUUUUCUACUCUUUCAUGCCACUCUAACAUAGUGCCCAUUGACCACAAUAGUCUUAGGGUGUCAUAACUAGGGGUGUGCAAAAAAAAAAUUCAGGAACAUUCAGGUUCAUUUUUAGGAUUUCUGAAUUUCCCAAAAUACCUGCUAUGCCCCCCCCCCCACCAGUAUUUUUUCAGGAAUCCAAAAACAAACAGCUCCAUUAUACCCUAUGGAAAAUCUUCUGAGGGUUUUGCAGGGCCUGUAUUUUAAGGUAGAGACACCAAAUGUUCAACAUCUUCUGGUGACUCUCCUUGCAAGAACCCCCAUGUUUAUUAAACAUUGGGCUAAGAUAUCCAAUUUUAUGGUGCCAUACUCUUUUGCAAACAGUAAAUAAAAAUGGAGGUCCAAAAAUUGCACUCAAUCUAUACCAAACUUGACGGUUCUUGUAAGAAGAGUCUCAAGAAGCUAUGCUGAAAAUUUGGUGCCUCUACCUUGAAAAACAGCACCCACCCACCCACUGGAAACACUCCCCAUAGACUGUGAUGGAUAAGAGGGGAGAUUUAAACUUUGUUGUAAAUGGAGUGGGGGGCGGGUGUUAAAAAGGGUUUUCUACUGCUGUAGCUGAAAUGAUCCUGGGGGAAAGCAGAUUUUUUUUUCAGAUUUUUUUCAGAUUGGAAUUACAGGUUUUAAAAGGAUUUUGUUUGUUUUGGCUUUAACAAAUACACACCUCUAGUCAUAACUCUGUUUAAAAUGGCACUGCUAUUGUGUCAUUCAAAGAAUAUUUUCCUGGGAGAAAGCACUAUUAAAUGAACCUGAGUAUGAUUCUGGACAGAUCACUAAAUUAUAACAGCUUCCAAACAACUUUUUGUUCCUACUCACCCCUCAAUAUUUAAAUACUAUAUUAUUAUUAUUAUUAUUAUUAUUAUUAUUAUUAUUAUUAUUAUUAUUAUUAUUAUUAUUAUUAUUAUUAUUUAUUACGUUUGUAUACCGCCCUCCCCCGAAGAGCUCAGGGUGGUGAACAUAAUAUACAGACAGAGCACAAAAUACAAUCGACAAACAACCAGGAAUAAGUUAAAAAUGGCUCUGUACAUAUUAAAACUAAACCCUAUUAAAAAAGCGUUCUAAUUACAAAAACACAAUAGAUGGCGUCCCACAGCCUAAACCCCCUUAAGAGGGGGGGACGGGAGAGUCCACUGGUGUUAUGAAAGGGACAGUCAGCGGCCGAUCCUGGUAGAAGUCAAUUUAUGUGUUUUCUACCUUCAACUGGACUAAUUCUGUUCUUAGAUAUUGUUUCCAUUUAUAUAAGUUCAUCAUUCUAACAAAAUUCAUAUAUAAAUACUAUUGUUGUUAAUCAAACUUUUAUUCUUGCAGUCUUUUCAAAUAGUACAAUAAUAUAAAAAUAAAUUACUGGAUUGAGGCAGUUGUUCCAAGCCUUGUACAUAACUAUGUGUGAAAGAAUAUAAAUAUGGGUGUGCAUUUGGAUGUCUUUAUUAAUUGUUCAUUCAACUGAAAAGGAAUGAAAGCAGGCCUACAUUCAAAUGUGUAUCUAACUGAAUGUAAUCCAGUGCAUAUUUAAAUCCAAUCUUACACCUCAGUUUUCCUCAUCUGAAUCAAGGAAAGUAAGCAGGAUGUGAAGUUAAUAGCAACAGUCACAAUAUGAAAGUUCUAAUAACAGUUGUGUUAAGGAAAAGCACAGGACAGAAGACAUUUUUAUUAUAAGUAUAUACUUUAUACAUUAGUGAUAGUAUAACAACACAUUCUGAUUUCAAGUUUCUAUUUUCAAAAAAACAUGUUUAUAAGAUGACUAUUUAAAAUGUUUAAUUUUUAUACUUGAGUAUAGAAUUAAAGGCAAUUUAGUAAUUAAAUAAUUAAAGAUUUAGGAUGGAAGUUAAGAUACUUCUGUAGCUUGCAUCUAGCCAGGUUUUCACUCGAUCUCAUAUAAUCCCCCUCCCUACUAGAUACCUGUUCCACAUGUUUUUGUCCGUGCAGGACCCAUGAUCCCAACAUAGCCUUUUGGGGGUUUAAGGGACUCCCGUUUUUCCUUUUUCACUAGCAUGAAAGCUGGUUGUAUCUAAGCCAUUAAUAACUCCUCCCCCUGCAAAAUUGAAGGAGCCAUAAGGAUAAACUGACUACUGUAAAGUAGUUCUAUUUUGUCCAAUCUGAAAAAGUAACAAUGAAUUUUGGCCGUUUCCGCACGGCCAAAUAACAGCUCCGUAGGGACAGAAAAAACACAUGUCCCUAGGGUGCUGUUCGCACAGGAGCAGCACCAAUGCAGCAGCACCGUCCUGGCCGCUCUGGAGCAGUGCGAGGGCGUCGCUUUAAACCUUGCUCAAUGAGCGAGGUUUUUGUAAAGCAGCGGCUUCCUGCCAGUGUGGUGCGAACUGCACCAGCGGGACACUGCCG